AACGCCGCGGAGGGGGAAGGUUUUACUUCCGGGAAGAUGGCGGCCUCCAUGCAGAGCCGGACAUGUGGUCGCGGGGAAGGAGUCCGGUGUAACCACUGAUGCACAGGGAGGCCUGGAAGCUGCAGGGUUCAAGUACCAUCAAGCUUUAGAAUAGCAACCUGAGUCCAUCAUGAACGGCUCUCCCAAGAACAACUCUGUGGGGAUGAAGUUUGCGGAGCAGCAGUUACAGAGGCACGGCUGGAAACAAGGCAAAGGGCUGGGGAAGCGAGAGAAUGGCAUCUCUGAAGCCAUCAAGGUGAAAAUGAAAUGCGACACAGCUGGGGUGGGUCACGACCCAGCAGAGCAGUUCACUUUCCAUUGGUGGGAUCACCUCUUCAACAAGUCAGCUGCGAACAUCUCAGUGGAGGCUGGGCAGGAUGGCGUCCAAAUGAAAAAGCUCUCUGAGCAGGACGGGGAGAUCAGCAACAAGAAGCCCCGCAAAGCACCCAGUCCCAGGAGCAUGCUGUACGGCCGCUUUGUGAAGGCAGCCACGCUGACGGCAGGAGGGGAGGAGCCAACGAAGCAGGUUGCAACCUCUGAGAGUAGCGAGGACGAGGAGGAGAAAUUGGACCUUUCUAGUGCUAGGAGGCUGACGGAUGAGGAGCUGGUCCGAGCCUGUGGCGGCCGCACUGCACACAAGGGAGCCCGUCACGGUCUGACCAUGAGUGCCAAGCUGGCCCGGCUCGAGGCGCAAGAGCGAGCCUUCCUGGCUAAGGACAGCCAGGAGGAGGGGAGAGGCGACGCCCCACAGCGUCAGCAGGAGGUAGUGGCGGGUGCCUCGGCCCUGGGAAGCAGCAAACCGGCUGAGAGGCGGCAGAAAGCCAAGAAGAAAAAGCGGAAGAAAUCCAAAGAGAGGGGGGGCUGUGCCGAGGUGCAUGGGAGGCCAGAACCAGGGGAGGAGGAGGAGGGGAGGCGGGCCAGGAAGAAGAAAAAGAAAGAGAAGGAGGAGUUGACGGAGGGUUUGGAAAGCGAGUUGCCGGACUCAAGGGAGCAGCUGAUGGCGGCAGAAAGGGCCAAAAAGAAGAAAAAGAAGAGGAAGGUGCAGUGAACGAGGGCUCAUCCUGUUUGAGGGGGGUGCUACCCUCAGGGCUGCUCUGGACCCGCCGCACAGAGGCCCUUCCUGCUGCGGGGCCUCUUCCCAGUCACUCCGCAGCCACUCUCUAGCUCACUCUCCCCACCAUGCUUUGGCUGCAGGGUUAACGGGCCGGCUCUCUUACCCAAGGGGGCCCGCUCUGCGCACAAGUACAUGGGUGGAAAGACAUGGCUAGUGUCCCGACUACUUGAAAAGAGCCACUGUGUUUACAGCCGGGGUGGGAUUUUUCUCCUCCAGGAUCUAACCCUGAGGAUGCCCCGAUGCUGCUGGAGCCCAGCUGGAAGCAGAUGCUCUUAGGGCUUGUCCACACGGCAGGUUAUUGCGUGAGGCACUUUCAGUGCAUUGCAGCAGCUUCACACCCGGGCUUGCCACACAGUAACCUGCUGUGUAGACAAACCCUUUGACCCCGGACAAGGCGGAGCCAAGAGGAGGCUAAACAUACCACUCACAACACUGAUCACAGCUCUGCCUUGCAAGGGAAUCAGCUGAUCACACCCCUGGGGAAUAACUCAAUUCUCCAGCUUUUGUGUCAUUAGAAAUCCCAUUUCUGGCUGUUGCUUCCCAUCAGAGGUUGAAGCAUCAGGAGGUGUGGUGGGAGUUUUGCCGCGGACUUCACGGGGCCAGGGUUUCGCCCGCUGUAUGUUUGCAGCAUGGGGCAGUUGCAUAAGAAUGGAUGGGAAGAGAGGGAAGGAAAGGCCAAUUCAGAGAGAUUUUUAGUGUCAAUAAAUUUUUAUUGCAGAGAAAAAACAA